UCCAAGUUGCAACCGAAGGACUCUCUCUCCGUUCUCACGGCUCAGGAAGAACCAAUGGAGAAGCUGCCUCCUCCCUCUCUCUCAAUCCAAAUCUCAGAGGAAAAAUUCUCUCUUUUGGGGUUUGUAAAGGCGGUCUUGGUUGUAGAUGGGGCAAAAAAUGGGGCCGGGAGAAGGACAACAGUUUGAGGAAGGUGUCGCCUUGGUGAAUGGGCGCAGUGGGAAGUGUCAGACCUUGGGACUUCCCUGUCGGUCCACCAAGCCCAAAGCCAUGCCGGUCGAGUCCAUGUCCUCAUCCUCCCCUCCUCUCUUCUGUGCAGGAGGACCAGAUUCUGGAGAACCUAAUCGUGAUUCAGUUAAUUUAAAGACUUCUGACCAAGAACCAGAAAUAAGUUUGUCUGAUAGGCUUAGAAAUGCUGCUAUGCUGGACAUUGAAUCAAAUGACUUCUCUUGGGAUGAUCUGUCAUCACUGUAUCAUACUAAACAUGCAAGCAAUACCGAACAUUCUGAAGAUGAACUAAAUAAAGCUUUAGAGGUGACUGUAAAUUCUGGGGGAGUUAUCUUCUAUGUGCUGUUUAGCACUCCCAGAAAUGAUGAUCUUACACCAAAGGAAGCAGCAGGAGUUAUUAAAAUUGCAUCUUCAAGGAUGGCCACACAAUCAGAACGCUUAGGUUAUGAAUUUGCAAAAUGGCUUGGGGUGCGGACACCUCAGGGCAGAGUUAUUCAUAAUUCUAGUUCAGAAUGGCAAAAGAUUAAGGAUGCUGCAGAAAAGGCACGACUCAUGGCAGUCACCAGUGAAGAUGAAGUGGGAGAGAUGACAUGUUCAGAGUUGUUGGAAGCUCUUGAAUUGAACCGAUGCCUUUUCAUAAUGAAUUAUAUUCAUGGCUCGCCACUGUUAGAAAACCCAGAGGCAUUUGAUACGCGGGAGGCUGCUGAAAAUACUGCUGCAGCCCUUGGGAGGGUCCUGAUGCUGGACCUUAUACUAAGGAAUGAGGAUAGACUCCCUUGUCGCCAGCUUGGGUGGCGUGGUAAUUAUGCAAAUAUUUUAUUUGCCGAUAAAGUGGUCUCUGCAAACAUGGAUGCAUUGGAGGAAGCUUAUGAUUCUACCAUAAGACGAUACAAACCACAGAUUAUGAGAAGUCUUCAGAAAGAGAGGAGGGCAAUUUCAGUAAAUGGCAGAUUAGGUUCCCAUAACCCUGAACUUAUGUCUGAGAGCUCUGAUGCUUCCAAUGAGAUCAGUCGCAGAUCCACAAAGAAGCAAGCAACGGAUGAAGCAAAAAGAAGUGAUUUUUAUAUUGUGGCCAUUGACUCAGGGGUUCCUCGCAGGCCUCCAGCAGGAAAACGGGCAAAAGAUCAAGAAAAUUAUCCAAAGGUGGUUGAGCUUGUACUCAACAACUGGGAGUACUCUUCUAACCUGUUGUAUGAAGUAUCUCUGGGAAAACUGGGGUUUCCUGGACCAGAAGAGGCUGAUGUGCCAACUGAUUCUGGUUCUUGGCUGUCUGAUUCUGAUAUGGUAGAAGUUGUUAAUGCCUUUCGAGGAGGAUUUCGGGCAGCUCUUAGAGAUCUGCAGGGCUUCCAUAUAUUUCUUCUCACACUUUACCAAAAAUUGGAUGGCCUCUUACGAAUUCUUCUGUCAAUUAUUAAUAAAUGCUUUGCUGAGUCUGACAAGGAUGAUUCUGGAGUUCUAGACUCACCAUCACAUUCUUCAAGGUGUAGUUUUAGUUCUCCUUUUCUUGCAUAUAAGGAACGAGGUGGGACUGAGACACAUGCAGAUUCAAGUGAUUCUGAGAUGCAGAAAUGUCCGCUUAAGUCCUCACCUGCAGGACCUCGAGAAUGCUCUGACACAACUUCUCCAGUCUCUCGCGAUAACUGGAAUGGGAAGUAUUUUAAAGGAUGUGGAGAACCUCCCCGUAGUUUACGCUUGACAAUGAAGCUCCGUGACUUUAACAAGUGUCCCAAGGUAGAUGCCGAGCUGAACAAGGAGCUGGAACAGUGGAAUGAAAUGCUUCGAACAGAUGUUGUGAAAUUGUGCCAGGAGAACAACUUUAAUACAGGCUUUUUUGAGGGGAAUGAUAAUAACAUCACCGUUGAUGCUUAUGAGUUGAAGGUCAGACUUGAACAUAUACUGGAGAGGAUAGCAUUGAUCUCAGAUGCUGCAAGUACAGAACGGCCCUCUCCUAUCACAGAUUACCUGUUCAUUGGUGGAGCUCUAGCUGCAAGGUCCAUGUACACUCUUCAGCACUUGGGUGUGUCACAUAUACUCUGCUUGUGUACCAAUGAAAUUGGACAAUCAGACUCCCAGUAUCCUGACCAUUUUGAGUACAGAAACUUCUCGAUAAGUGACAAUGAUGAUGAGGACAUAAGUGAUAUCUUUGAAGAUGCUUCUGACUUUAUUGAUUAUGUUGAGCACUUGGGUGGAAAGGUAUUGGUCCAUUGUUUUGAGGGAAGAAGUCGAAGUGCAACAGUGGUGCUCGCUUACUUAAUGCUAAGAAAGAAGCUCACUCUCUUAGAAGCAUGGAACAAGCUAAAGAAGGUGCACCGCCGAGCCCAGCCAAAUGACGGCUUUGCUAAAACCCUCUUGGAUCUUGACACGAGGCUACAUGGGAAAGCUUCUAUGGAAUGGCAGCAGAAGAAACCAAUGAUGAAGGUAUGCCCCAUGUGCGGGAAGAAUGCAGGCCUGAGCAGCAGUUCGCUCAAGCUCCAUUUACAGAAGUCUCACAGAAAGAUAUCCUCAGGCAGUGUCGACAGUGCGAUGACCCUAGAGAUUCAGAAGGCUCUGGAGGCGCUUAAAAUCAGCCGCGGUGGCAGCAUUAGCCCGACUCAGAAGCAGUGCCGGUUGUUCGUAGAUGGGUUUUCUCAUUAAUAUUUGUUGAAUGGGGAUUGUAGUGCAAGAAGACAGAAUCCCAGUUUUCCUAAAUCAGCAAAUUCAGUUUUUCAGGUACUUAAACAGCUUAUGGUGGAUGAGUAGUCAUCUAUCUAAUUGUCAGGUCUUACAGCAAAGAUGGACACCUGAAAGUUACUAUUUGUAAACAAUAAUAAGCCUUCCAUGUAAAGGAUAUGAAUACUCCUGGUGGGUGAGUAGGUUACAACAUUGUACCAUCUUUUGUGAUGUAAUAAUGAGGUAGAGUAGAAAUUGAUGAA